AUGUAUAGAGAAGGCGAGCGAUGUAAGACGGAGUUAGUGAAGUCACUUUGCGAGGUCGGUGAGAAAAGGAGCCAUCACUUUUCGGUGAUCCGCGACGGCAGCAUGGUUUCAGAAACGAGUACGCUACCAUCUCUUUUCGUCAACCAAGAGCGCAGACGAGAUUGCUUGGCCCAUCGUUGGGAUGCUAACAUCGUCCAUUCAAGUCAAGCCGCAUGUCGAGCGUUCAAUGGCGCAGUCGACUUUCUGCUGCUUCAGGUGAGGUUCCAACUCUUCACUUCCACGACGUUCGUUUCUGAACAGAGGCUUGAGAAAAACGGGAGCAGUUUUGAUACGUGUAUUCCUAUUGAAGUGAGGAUUGUAUACUUUUUCACGCGUCGUGUUAUUUUCGACUCGCUUGACCUUGAAGCUGAUAAGUUGGUACUUGUCGCUUUGCAAGACCUGAAGACGGAGAAGAGUCUUGAAGCUCCUUCUACCCACAAGCCGGACUAUAACUAUGCCCAUUAUUCAGCAACGAAUACAAACAACACUCGGUACGGUUACGCGCUCACUUAUGCUUGUGGUAGGCCCAAUCAUACCCUAGAGCACCGCACGGUUCAUCGCACGAGGUGUCCUUGCUUCGUGCGUCCUUGGUUAAUGAGUACGCAUCCCCAAGCUUUGUCCUUCUUGCAGUUUGCGAGUUGGAAGCAGUCGCAUUUCGAAGGUGGUACUGGCGAUAAUAAUGAGGGACCGCAUGUUGAGGAUGAGGAGGAGGAGGAGAGGAGGAGGGACCGGACGCCAAAUCGAGAAAGACGCAAUAAUAGAUGCAAGCAGAUCAACUAA